AUGAACGGGGUCCCUUGGCAGUGCCUCAUCAACGAGGGCAUGCAUGCGGGCAAUCGGAGUGUGGUUCUUGUCAAUGAAGCUUUUAUCCGUGCCCAGCAAGAGGUGGACGACCUCAAAGGCCAACUGGAUGCUCAAAGCCGUGAAACGGAGAAAUAUCUGCACCUUCUACGAGCGAAGAAGAUCGAUGUGGAAAAGGUCAAAAAUAGCCAAUUAAAGGGUGAGUUGGCUGAGAUGGUCGGCAGCCGGAGCAACGGGACCUACGUUAAACAAAUUCUUGAAUAUCUUGCAGUCGACAAUAUCGAUGAUCUGAAUUCCAAGUUCUUAGAUAUGGCUGCUAUAGCCACGAGCAAUAAGGGUGAUGGGGGUCCUGAUGAGGAGGUGGUAAAAGAAGCUAAGUCAUGGGCUAAGUCUGCAACAAAAGGCCUUAUUGAUGAAGUUCUCAAGCCCAAGCACAUCAAGGAAAGUACAGUCCUCUUACUUGGAAACGCCUUAUAUUUUAAAGGUACAUGGAAAGAUAAUUUUAUUGAAAGCCUCACUCGAGACAAGGAUUUUUACCUACUCAAUGGAGGCAAG